AGGACAGGCAGAGGACAGGCAGAGGACAGGCAGAGGACAGGUAGAAGACAGGCAGAGGACAGGUAGAGGCUUGGUCGAGACGCUCUAAGGCUCCAGCAGCAGGUGAUGCGUUCAGGAUGUCUGACGGGAGGCAGCGAACUUUGUCCACCUCUGGAGAGUCUCUGUAUCAGGUCCUGGGUCUGGAGAAAGGCUGUUGCCAUGACGACAUCAAGAAGUCCUACAGGAAGCUGGCGCUGCGCUACCACCCCGAUAAGAACCCCGACAACCCGGAGGCGGCGGAGAAGUUCAAGGAGCUGAACAGUGCUCACGCCGUCCUGUCCGACCUCACCAAGAGGAACAUCUACGACUCGUACGGAUCUCUGGGGCUCUACGUCGCCCAGCAGUUCGGAGAGGACAACGUCAACACCUACUUCAUGCUGUCCACCUGGUGGGCCAAGGGUCUGUUCCUGGUCUGCGGCGUCCUGACGGGCUGUUACUGCUGCUGCUGUCUCUGCUGCUGCUGUAACUGUUGUUGUGGGAAACUGAAGCCGACGCCCACAGGUGAGGGGGCGGGGCCAGAAUACGUCUCCCCCGACGACCUGGAGGAGGAGAUACGCAACGACCCCGACAACGACGUUGAAACACCGAUUGUUCAGCAGCCAACGAACGCCAGCGAGAAAACUCAGCUCAUCAGUGACGGACACCGCAGAUAUGGAGAUACCUACACAUGAACCAGGAAACAGGAAACGCAUCACUGCAGGUGCAUGAUGUCACUGCAUCAAAACAUCCCCUCGCUCUGUGUAACAGCUGUUCAGUACAAACUGAAUGAGACGGAUUUCAUGUCAACAGAGAAACACAAUGAGGACAACAGUAUGUGGACACUAACGUCCACAUACUGUUGUCCUGCUGUGACUCAGACGAUAAACAGAACGACACUUUGAUAUUUCCUCUCAUCAUAUCGUCUUCAUGGUUGUUAAUCUUUAUGUUGUGUGUGCGUCAUUAAAAUAAUCACAUGUCCCACUGUUGUUGAUGUAAGUUGCAGUGCAGCGAGGCUUUUAUUAAACUGACGCUCUGAUUGGUUGUUUGAUGGUUUGAGUGCUGACGGAGGGGCGGAGCUUCAAACAGCAGACUGAUUCAGUCUUUAAUAUUUUAUAAACUAUAAUCACGAUAACGUUCAUCAGUGUUGUUGAUGUAAAUAAAGUUUUGGUUUGGAUGAUGGAACAGGUGACACCUGUAGUGAUGUCAUGGAUGAUGUCACCUCCUCACACCUUUCUUCAUCAUGUUAAUGAUCCCUGGUGAUCAGAUGAGUCACAGCUGAUGACGUCUUCACUGAUUGGUCACAAAAACCAACACGUGUAGCGUGUAGCAUGCAGCAUGUAGCAUGAUUUUUCUUGAUAGUUCCGGAUCAUUGGACCAAACAAGUGUUUGAAUCAAACACCUGGUUUCUUCCUUUCAACUCAUCGUAUGUUAUAAAUGUACGAUCAGAUGUUUCUUAUUAAUCAUCAAUGAAGCAUCGUUACAUCAGCUAUUAAUUAAUAAAGACAAACGUGCCGUUUGAUGCCCUGAUACCAACGUUUAAAAUAAUUUCACCAACAGCUGAUACCGAUUAUUUUACA